AUGGCAAGCCAAACGCUAAACCUCGGCCAACUGGGUUCGGUUCCCACAUCGUUAUGUCUUUUCACUUUGUUGACUGGAUCGUUAUGGAUCGCAUAUCGACGACUGGCCCCAAAUGGUAAUAUCGCGGAGACGGAUUAUGCAGGGCGAGUAGAUCGAGUGCUCAAAAGUACUCCUUUGAUUGACGGUCAUAAUGACCUACCGUACCUACUUCGCAUUGAGCUGCAAAAUCAAAUCAAUGGCGGCAAAUUUACCUUUCGCGAUGCAGGCUUGGCUAGUCAUACAGAUCUAAAGCGUAUGCAAGAAGGCCGGGUCGGGGGCCAAUUCUGGUCUGUCUUCAUGGAAUGCCCCGAUACAGAAAAUAUCGACGACCCUAGUCAUGUUGUUCGUGACACUCUCGAGCAGAUCGACGUAGCUCGUCGUUUCAUCGAAAUGACGCCAGAAUUGGAAUUCUGCUCAACUGCUUCUGGUGCCAUAAAAGCAUUCAAAGCCGGUAAGAUAGGAUCCAUGCUCGGUGCAGAGGGCCUGCACCAAACCGGUUCAUCGAUCGCAGUUAUUCGCCAACUGUGGGAUCUUGGAGUUCGAUACAUCACCAUCACUCAUAAUAGCGAUAACGCGUACGCAACUGCAGCGGCAACCGUGACUGCGACCGGUAAGGAUGCAGGCCUCUCAUCAUUCGGGGCUUCUGCGAUUCACGAAAUGAACCGUCUCGGUAUGAUGGUGGAUUUGUCGCAUGCUUCACAUCGCACGAUGAGACAAGUAUUAGAGAUUACUCGGUCCCCUGUAAUCUUUAGUCAUAGCACUUGCUACUCCUUGGCACGAAAUUAUCGAAAUGCACCCGACGACGUGAUCAAAUCUUUAAAGUCGAAUGGGGGCGUUUUGAUGGUCAUGUUUGUCAAGAGAUUUCUUAACGCAGAUGAUCCCGAUGCGGCUAAUAUCGAGACGGUCGUCAAUCAUAUUAUGCAUAUCGUGGAUCUAGCCGGAUGGGAUCACGUUGGUAUCGGAGGUGAUUUCGAUGGCACCGUCACGCUCGCAAACGGCAUUCAUUCGGUGGCAGACUACCCGAAGCUGAUCGAGGCUGUGAUGCGACGAGGAGCGACGGACGAGCAAAUGAAGAAACUGGUGGGACUGAACAUUUUGAGGGUCUGGAGUGAAAUCGAGCGCAAUGCAAAGUUAUUCGCCGAUGAGCUACCCGUUGAAGACGUUUGGGAAGGAAGAAGUUGGUCAAGAUGGAACAAUCCACUGCCAAAUAUGAUCCCAGGAAAUCCAGAUCGUAUACCUGCUCGAGAUUACCAAUGA